CGGAAACCAUGACUUGUUUAUCAGCUUUUACAAAAGCAUCAAUCCUUGAGUAUCACUAGAAUCAGGGUUCAAAUGGAUUGUAAGGUCUUAAUUGGCAAUCUUCCGGAUGCACAAAUACAGGUUGAAGCUCAAAUAUAUAUAUAUUUGUACUUAAGGUCGCCCUCAGCUAUGUAUUUGUUCUUCCUCUUAAGCACCUCUUUUUUCCUCACAUUAAUCUUUCUUCAUCCUACACCUUCAUAUUAUCAAAAAAAAAAUUCAUACACAUUCUAAAAUUCCUUUAACUAAAAAGAUUUUUAAAAAAAUUGUUGAUAGAAAGAGAAAAGGAAUAAAAAAAUAAGACUGCCAGACUCCAGCUGGAAAUUUAAUUAAAAAAAUAUUAUGAGCUGCUUUCAUUAAGUAUAUAUUUUUUUUAUGGUUUAAAUUUCCGCCAAUCAGGAAAUCCUUUGUAAUAAUAAAAUUAUAUAAGUGACGCCGCUGCAAUUAAUAAUCAGUUUUUGCGGUUUCCUCUUCAUCGCCGCCUUACCUAAAAUCCUCAAGAUCUCCUCAUCUUUAUAGGGGAACUUCGAAACCCUAGCAACCGGAAUCCUCCGUCGGUCGCAAUAUCAGCUUAGCUAGGUACUUCGCGCCGUUUUACUUUGCUCCGAUAAGAUGGCGGCCAAACCACUUACCGAGGAGGCAAUUGCAAUGACAGAGAAAAAGAUGGACAUGACUUUAGAUGAUAUCAUCAAAAUGUCCAAGAACAAGACAGUUAAACCUAGGAAGCAGAGAAUUUCGAAUAGGAGUAAAAAUUCGGUGAACAAUUCGACCCAAGAUAAAGCUAUGAAGCUGAAAAGGUUUAUGGAUACACGAUCUGCUAUGCGACAGGGUGCACUUGCUCAGAGGAGAUCCAAUUCUCAGAGAAACCAAUUUCCUUUGGCUGCUGAGGCAGCAAAAAAAGCUGCAGCUAUACCUAUUCGUAAUAAACCCUUCAAUGCAGUCAGAGCAGUGAAUACAAAUAGACCAAGGGGUGGUGCUUUUGUUCACGAGAGAGCUGUGACUAGUGGAGGUGGCUUCAGGAUGCAGUUUCAGGAGUCUGUUCCAUAUGGUGGUCAGCAACACAAGCAACAUUCCAGCGUGUCUAACAAGCAGAAGCCACAAACACUAGAUUCAUUGUUUGCAAACAUGAAAGAGGAAAGGAUGAGAGUGAUGUCGCAACAGAGUAACAACAACCAGGGAAGAAGAAAUAAUGCUGGCGGUGGCCAACGAUAUCCCCCAUGGCAAAGAGGCCGUUUUGGCAAGUAGUCCCGAAGGUCCCAUGCUAGAGCAUAUCUAGAGCUUCUGAUUUGCAUCGCUAGGAAAUGAAUGUGUUAGUAGUUUGGACGGUUGAGGGGAGGCUGUUAUGUUUCAGAAUAUCAAACUGCUGUUGUUUUGACUUUUACUUCAUUUCCUCUCGUGAUCAGCUUCAUAUUGCACCUAGUUGACGAUGAAGUUUCAAUGUUGUAUAGCUAUUUCACUUGUGAAUGCAGUCUGGAUUGAGCUGUAUCUACAGUCUGGACAAGGAUUUGUUCCAAGGCCAGCUUUGCAUUUCUAUCUUUUUAGUGCUAGCUUGUAGCUAAUAACUGGAUUAGUCGAAGCACAGAAAAAAUUUGGACAGUUCGGGAAGCUCUACAAUAGCUAACCAGUCUGCACAGAGUUGAAUGAGCGUUCACUUGUUCUUUUUGUUGUACUGUCAUACAUCAAAGGUAGUUGUGCGGUAUAAAUUCAUCAAAUUGCAAAAAGAAAAUAAAACAAUGGGAGGCGAAGAUCAAGAAAAUGUAUAAUGUUGUGGUCUCCAAAUCAGAAAAUUUGUCAAACGUUAGUCUCUUUGUCGAGUCUGAGCUCUGAAAAAAUGAAAUAAAGGCGUUUGAAUUUGCCAGAAACUCUGAGCUUGCAUGCCCCUUCCACCAUCAUAGAUGACAUUGUCGGUGCAAUUUUGGCUGCCAAAGGUUAAAAAGAUGUUGUUCCGCUGCUUUGCGUGUAUUCUUUUGAUGAAUGAUGUUUCAGGAUCAAAAUUUACUACUUGACUUGAAGCCCAUAUUUCCGGGCGUUUCCCACUUCCCGUUUAUCUCGUCUUAAGAAUAACAAACCAAAAAGCAUAAAAGAAAAAAACAAAUUUAAUUACAG